AUGCAGUCGUCGUCGUCGUCGCCAUACCAGCUCCACAUCCAGCUGCCGUCGUCGCACCACGCCAACUACAUGCAGCAGCACAUGUACCAGUGCAUGCCGGGCACGCCGACGCCGUCCGAGGCCGUCGACUCGGGCAUGUCGGGCGACGAGUCGCCGUCCGAGUCGCGCAAGUCGCGCGAGAUGGCACCGUUCUUGCGCAAUUUGCGCAACAUGCUCGAGCGCGAAAACCCCGAAGUGCUGCGCUGGUCCAAGGACGGCACGGCCUUUGAGAUCCACGACAUGGACGAGAUGAUGAACACGCGCCAGCUCAACUACUUCAACUUUAAAAAGUGGACCAAGAGCCGCGCCAACGUGUGCACGUUCAGCAACGAGUACUUUACGCGCCACGAGCCGUACCGGAGCACGCUCAUUACGCGCAAGAAGAGCAUGAGCUCGCAGAAGGAGGCGCUCGCGGCCGACGACGACCACCACCACCACCACAACCACGAAGAGAAGGUGCUCUCGCGCAAGAACUCGGCGCACCGCCUUCCGCGCACGCCGAGCAGCGGCUGCAGCACACCGACCGGCUACUACUCGUGCGACUCGCCUGUCGCGAUCAAGAAGGAGCACCUCGUCAUCACGAACGGCAGCCUCGACUCGUCCUUCAACUCGAUGAGCCUCCACAAGCAAAAGGCCGCGGUCAUGGGCCAGAAGGCGUCGAUGGACUGCUACGCGUCGCCGUACGAGAACAAGCACUUGACGCGCGUCAUGGGCAAGAAGCAGCCAGCGCCGCAACGCGUCAUGGCCGAAGACCUCACGGCAAUGCACGACGAGCUCGACUGGAUCGCCGACAGCGACCUCGAGAACAUCCGCGACUCGGUCACGAGCCUCACGAGCACGCACUCGGGUGGCGAAUGGGACGACAACGACAUGAACUGGGUCGACCUCCUGCCCUACAACGACCCGUCGGCUUUUGAGUCGGGCAGCGACCAGUACAUGCGCCAGCAGUUCGUGCCUGUCAAUGGCAUGGGUUACCACUACGCUGCCACGAUCUAG